AUGGCCAACACAGUUGAGGAGUCUGGCGGCGAGACAAACAAAAUGGUAAAGAGGGUUAAGGGAGAGAAGAAAGGGUAUACUUCGAAAACAACCGCCGAACCAGUACGUAUACCCCCCAACUCGCCAACCACCAUAUGCACCAGUGAUCUGAGGGAUCCGCUAGCCCCUAGUACAGAUCUAUCAUGGCCAAAUCAGAGACUAGUGGAGCCGGAGAAAGAUGAACUCGACACUGAGGUCCGGUCCAUCGCCGAAUACAAAACUCGCCAGAUCAAGCUACCCGGAGUCGAAUCUCGUCGCGAUUACGAGAAAUCCAAGGCCUCGGCGGGAAAAAGCAGGUUGCCGUGGUUCUUCUCAAAUAGGUUGAUUCUCUCAAGCACCAUAGUUUAUUACAACAUCUAUGACGAUGAUUCAGUCAAAGAAGUCGCCUACCAACUAUCCUUCCCCUGCUUUGCAGAUUCUGGGUAUUGCGAAGUUCAGGCACCUUUAAUUGCCUAUCGAGAUAGCCGAAUAAAGGGCACCCCGACAAUAUUCUAUGCUGUAUACUCUCGAAAUCCGGGAAAGGUUAAGAAAUGGCUCAAAGAAGGAGCGGAUCCUAAGUCGGUUGCUGACCUUAAGGACCUCUUCGAUUCCAAGGAAGAUGGGUAUAAACCGAUCCCGGUCAAAAUACCUCUCCUAGCCUUUGCCAUCCUCCUGGAGGAGCCGGAAAUUGUCCGACUACUCCUAACCUUCGGAGCGAAUCCAUUAGUGAUUCCAGGUAUCCUCAGACUUCCCGUUAUAAAGCCUGCUAUAUACCGUCUUUCCAAGUCUCCAGAAGGGAUCACGAAAGAAUUCGUUGAAAAAAUUUCUCAAGAUGAGGCAACAAAAUGGUGUACCGACGCCGUAGCUUUCAAUCGUCUCAAACUGGCGACAAAUCUAUCCAUCCGAUAUGACCUCCAGAAGGCAGAUACUUUCAAGAUAACCGCAAGGCAGAGGCAACUUGCCCAAGACCCACAGUCUAAAAUGGAUUACACACCGUUAUUCAAGCUUCAUUUUGAUAUUAUAGGACAGGAUUUGGCCGUCAAAAAGAUUAUCCAAGAGCUGUUAAGACAGAAGGUGCAGAGGAAAGGUAGCUCAUCGUCCUGUGGAUCCACUCGUCCUACCGUAUUUAUAUUUGCUGGCCCAAAAGAUCAUGGGAAAUCAAAAAUGGUCUUUCAAAUUGCACACAAUCUCGGAAUUCCAUUCUUCCCGUUCAAUGAACAAGCAGGACACAAUACCAAAACUGACAAAGUCAGCGAAUUCUGCAUUUUAGUUUUGGAAAACGUUGAAGAAAUGAGUAGUGGCGCCCUCAAUUCGCUCUUUACUGGACCAAUCAAGGCGAAUAAAGAUGGAUUCACCUGCCGCGAUCUUACAAAAACGAUAUGGGUGGUGACUACAAACAUCCUUAACCCUAUGAUCACAGAAUUUUACGAGGAACAUCGACCCUUGACACCCGAAAAAAUGACGGGGAAAGAAAGUCGAGCACUGAUGUCAGCAAUGAAAAAAUUCGUUCGUUCAGGUACUACAAGCUUAUCAGUAUUCGCCGACUAUGUCGACUCAAUCAUCCCAUUCUUCCCAUUCGAUGAAGACGAACAAUUAGCCCUAGCCCACCGCGCCCUCUGGAAACUUCGAUCUCGACUCCUCAGACCCAUUAGCCUCGCAAAUGGCCACAGGAGAAAUCUUCUAGGAAACAUAAAACUAGUCACGGAGAAAGACUACCAACAUUGUCGAACGAUAGCUAAAUCUUAUAUCCCUAAUGAGGGCGCCGGGUCGAUGAAACAAGCGGUUGCGGAUAUUGAGAGGGAAGUAUUUUAUCAUUUCCUCGAAAGUUCAGAAGACGCAAUCUCUGAGAAGGACGAAAAGGAGGUUACAGAAUAUAUUCUAAAGGUAGAAAAGGAAAACGAUGCUAUUCUGGUUCAAACUGGGAAUGUAAUGCCGAAGGAAGACUUUUAA